AUCUAACCAAAUGUGACAACAUUUGCCUAAUUCAUCUGUUUGAAAAUCUAAGCAUGUGCAUGGAAAAAUGUCACAUGGUACAACUUUUUCAUUUUUCAAUCUCCACAUUGAAACAACAACUAUCAGGGAACUCUCCUAUUAUAGGAACUUUCCUAAUUUAGGUAUUACUCACAUACUAUUUUUGUACUUUUCAUUGGUAUUCUAUCAAGUACCUUUUUAGAACUAAAAAUGCACAUAGAAUAGAUUUCAGAUAAUUCAAAAUUAUGGUAGCCCAUGAGCAUGAUGAGAACAUUACAAUAAUAAUGAUAUGAAUCAUACUUUUUACAAAUAUGUUAGUAUUCAAUAUAAUUCAACAGUAAUUCUAAUGGUCUGUAGGAUAUUUUCUGAUACACCAAUAUCUAUAGUUCCUGAUUUUUGCUCCAAGUGACCUAAUUUUGCACAUGUUGCUCUGAUUGACCUCAACAUAUUUGCAAAACAAUCACUUCAAGUUUGUGACAUCAAAUAUAUUUUCUAGUGAGGCUUAAACAUUACUGAAAACAUUUCAAUCCUGUAAAUGGUGUAAAAAUUGAGAUAUGCGAAUUUGUAGGGACUAUGUAUAUUGUACAGACAUUGACAAACUGCAAAAUUCAGAAAUCAUAGAAAGUACAUGUACAAGACCAAAGAGCUACAGUUUCUCAGCUAUCACCCAAUCUUAAUUUACCCAUCCCUAGUAUUGUUCAGGAGUAAAAUAUAUCAAAGAAAUUUUAAUUAAAUGCACUAGCAAAUUUUAUAUCAUCAUAUGAUGAAUUACUACUUUAAAAUAAUCAAUAUAUUUAGAAAUGUGAAUUUUGCCAAAUAUUUUUGCACUAGUGUAACAGGGUCAAGAUUUAAACUUUUAUAAUAAUUAGAAUUAAUUUAAAGUACAUAAUAAAGAUAAUUUUACUAUUAUUUUAACAGACGUAAAAUUGACACUACUACACUAGUACUUGGCCUUUGUCAUGUUUGUCAACUGUUAUUUAGGAUCAUAACUUCCAUAUCUUUACCAAGCAUUCACUCAAAUCAGUACAUGUGAUAGACUUCUGAGCUCAUGAACAAAUACAUUUUUGUAACCCUUGGUUUGUAGAUAUUCAUCAGACUCAGGAGUUAUAGUUUCUCAGCUGACAGCUGACAGGAGAUUAUCUAAAUUUCAUAUUCAAUUGUCAAUAUGAAUAAAGUAAAUGUGAACAAUAGGCCGAUGCAGGGUAAACACCAACCACACACCAACCUAGCACCAUAAGUUUAUCAAAAUAGACAUAAAACAAAAAAGAAAAGUGAAUAUAUAUCAUGUAUAUUAUUGACAGUUGAACAUAUUAUUAUACGACCGCAAAAAUUAAAAAAUUUUUGGUCGUAUAUUGGUAUGACGGCGUCGUCGUCGUCGUUGUCCGAAGACACAUUGGUUUUCGCACUCUAACUUUAGUUUAAGUAAAUGGAGCUCCAUGAAAUUUUACCAUAAGGUUCAAUACCACAAACGGAAGGUUGGGAUUGAUUUUGGGGGUUAUGGUACCAACAGUUAAGGAAUUAGGGGCCAAAAAUAAGCAUUUUUGUAACUUCCAGACAUAGCUUGUGUGUGAGUGUAUGGAUCUCUCUGACAUUGUACCACAAGGUUCCAUAUCACAAAGGGAAUGCUGGGAUUGAUUUUGGGGGUAAUUGCCUCAAAAUUUUAGGAAUUAGGGGCCAAAAAAGGGGCAAAAAACAAGCAUUUUUCUAGUUUCAUGAUAAUAACUUGUGUGUAAGUGUAUGGAUCUUUCUGAAAUUGAACUACAAGGUUCCAUAUCACAAAGGGAAAGCUGGAAUUGAGUUUGGGGGUAAUUGCCCUAAACGUUUAGGAAUAAGGGGCCAAAAAUAGCAUUUUUCUAGUUUCCAGACAAUAACUUGUGUUCAAGUGUAUGGAUCUCUCUGACAUUGUACCACAAGGUUCCAUAUCACAAAGGGAAUGCUGGGAUUGAUUUUGGGGGUGAUUGCCUCAAAAUUUUAGGAAUUAGGGGCCAAAAAAGGAGCAAAAAACAAGCAUUUUUCUAGUUUCAUGAUAAUAACUUGUGUGUAAGUGUAUGGAUCUUUAUGAAAUUGAACUACAAGGUUCCAUAUCACAAAGGGAAAGCUGGAAUUGAGUUUGGGGGUAAUUGCCCAAAACGUUUAGGAAUAAGGGGCCAAAAAUAGCAUUUUUCUAGUGUCCAGACAAUAACUUGUGUAUAAGUGUAUGGAUCUCUCUGAAAUUGUACUGCAAGGUACCACAAAGGGAAGGCUGGGAUUGAUUUUGGGGGUAAUUGCCUCAAAAUUUUAGGAGUAGGGGCCAAAAAGGGGCAAAAAACAAGCAUUUUUCUAGUUUCAGGACAAUAACUUGUGUGUAAGUGUAUGGAUCUUUAUGAAAUUGUACUACAAGGUUCCAUAUCUUAAUAGGAAAGCUGGGUUUGAGUUUGGGGGUAAUUGCCCUAUACGUUUAGGAAUUAGGGGCAAAAAAGGGGCAAAAAACAAGCAUUUUUCUAGUUUCAGGACAAUAACUUGUGUUCAAGUGUAUGGAUCGUUAUGAAAUUGUACCACAAGGUUCCAUAUCUUUAAAGGAAAGCUGGGUUUGAGUUUGGGGGUAAUUGCCCUAAACGUUUAGGAAUUUGGGGCCAAAAAGGGGCCUAAAAACAAGCAGUUUUCUAGUUUCCAGACAAUAACUUGUGUUCAAGUGUAUGGAUCUCUCUGAAAUUGUACUGCAAGGUACCAUACCACAAAGGGAAGGCUGGGAUUGAGUUUAGGGGUGAUGAAUCGUAAGUGGGUUCAAAAAAUUUAGGGGAGGUAUUUUUUUUUCUUUAAAAUUUUCCAUUUUAAAUUGGUUAUUUCUGAUUCAUAUAUAUAAAAGCAAACAAUAAUGAUAUGGGUUGAAUAGGUAAAUUAAAAUUUUUUAAGUUCUUAGACCACAUUCAUUCUGUGUCAGAAACCUAUGCUGUGUCAAAUAUUUAAUCACAAUCCAAAUUCAUUGCUGUAUCAAGCUUGAAUGUUGUGUCCAUACUUGCCCCAACUGUUCAGGGUUCGACCUCUGCGGUCGUAUCAAGCUGAGGCCAGCGGAGCAUUUUAUUUUUCAGAGUAUGAUGGAAUUCCAUGUAGAGUAGCAGGUUUAAUACAAAGGGGAGAUAAGUCAGGCCAAUUGAAUAUUGACAAGGUUAUUGAACCAUCUAAACAGAGGACAAUGUCUGAAGGCAGUAUGUAUGUUCUGGUAGCCGCUGAGGAGGCUUUAAACGAUGCCAAAUGGAAACCAGUCACAGAAGAGGAUAAAAUUAGAACUGGAGUAGCAAUUGGCAUGGGAUUGGUCGGUAUGAAAGAGAUUUACCAGACUAAAGACAUGAUGAACCAGAAAGGCUACAAAGGAGUUAAUCCAUUUUUUUUACCCAAGAUACUUGUCAACAUGGCUGCUGGUAAUGUCAGUGUGAAAUUUGGACUGAAGGGACCAAACCAUGCAGUAUCAACAGCCUGUACCACAGGAUUACAUUCCGUAGGUGAUGCAUGUAGAUUUAUACAGCAUGGAAACGCAGAUGUCAUGAUAGCUGGUGGGACUGAAGAAAGCCCAAAUCCACUAUCUGUUGCAGGAUUCUCUAAGAUGAGAGCAUUAAGUACAAGUUAUAAUGACAAUCCUAAACAGGCAUCCAGGCCAUUUGACAGAAAGCGUGAUGGUUUUAUUAUGUCGGAAGGAGCAGCUGUAUUAGUUUUAGAAGAACUAUCUCAUGCUUUAAAUCGGGGUGCUACAAUAUAUGCAGAAAUUUUAGGUUAUGGGUUAUCAGGGGAUGGCCAUCACAUUACUGCACCUAGCGAGGAUGGCAGUGGGGCUUAUAGAUGUAUGAAAACAGCAUUAAAUGAUGCUCAAGUAGAAAGUAGUCAGAUUGAAUAUGUAAAUGCACAUGCUACCUCAACACCUUUAGGGGAUAUGGCUGAGAGUAAAGCAAUAAUGCAAUGUUUAGGGAGAAACACAAAUUUAAGGGUGUCCUCUACAAAAGGUGCAACGGGACAUUUACUAGGUGCUGCUGGAAGUAUAGAAGCUUUUUUUACUGUGAUGUCUUGUUACUCAGGGAAGAUUCCAGGUACUUUGAAUUUAUAUGAGCCUAAUACAGGAGUAGGUUUAAAUUAUAUUGCUAAUGAUUCAGUGGAUUGGAUAUCAAAGUCUCCUAAACGAAUUGCCUUAACUAACUCAUUUGGAUUUGGAGGAACAAAUGGAUGUCUAUGUAUAUCGUCUUUCAUUCAAUAAAAUAAAAUGGUUGUUGAUA